GCAAAACCACAGGUUAUUCUUGAAGCACCUGAUAACUGCUCCAGACCCCCCCUCUCUCUCUCUCUCUCCCAUUGCAAUGCAUGGUUUCUUUCUGAAAAUUCCUUCGCAAUGUUCCUCAAUUUCUUCGUCAACCCCAUUAGUCUUUCACUCCCUCACUGGAACCACAUGUUAGGGUUUUAGCUUAAAUUCAUAAUCCAAAAAAAUCCCCAAAAAUCUAAACAAUCUUGAGUUUCUAGGGUUUCAACGUCGACCAUGGCCGAGUGGCAGUCCCUCUUGCAAUCCAUUUUCCUUGGUGUCAUUUUCUCUUACCUUGUUGCCAAGCUCAUCUCCAUCGUCGUUUCGUUCAAAGACGACAACCUCACCAUCACUCGCACAGCCACUGCAGAACCCGAUGAUGCCAAACACGACGACGCCGUUUCCGAUGCCACGCGUCCCUUCGAGGCCGAGUCGGUCAUGGCUGAGCAAGGUAGCGUCAGGAACGAAAGCGUGGACGGUGGCGACGACGACGACGACGACGACUGGGAAGGAGUGGAAACCACCGAAUUAGACGAAGCGUUCAGCGCCGCCACCGCUUUCGUCGCCGCCGCCGCCGCCGAUCGCCUCUCGCAGAAGGUGUCCAGUGACGUGCAGCUCCAGCUUUAUGGCUUGUACAAGAUUGCCACCGAAGGUCCUUGUAGCACGCCACAACCUUCGCCGCUCAAAAUGACCGCUAGAGCCAAGUGGCAAGCGUGGCAAAAAUUGGGUGCUAUGCCUCCUGAAGAUGCAAUGCAGAAAUACAUUGACAUUGUGACAGAGUUAUAUCCUACUUGGCUUGAUGGUUCAUCUUUGAGGAAUAAAAGUGGUGAAGGUGGUGGUCCUAGUUCAGAGGCUAGAGGAGCAAUGGGACCAGUAUUCAGCACUUUCGUUUAUGAAGAGGAAUAUGGCAGUGACUCGCAAAUGGAAGCCAUUCAUGGAUUUGCCAGAGAAGGAGAUAUGGCCAAUCUGCUUAAGUGUAUUGAAAAUGGUGUUUCAGUGAAUUUGAAGGACAGUGAGGGCCGGACACCAUUACACUGGGCUGUGGAUCGUGGCCACCUUAAUGUCACAGAGUUGCUUGUUGGCAAGAAUGCUGAUGUAAAUGCAAAGGAUAAUGACGGACAAACUCCAUUGCAUUAUGCUGCUACUUGUGAGAGAGAAGCCAUAGCUGAGUAUUUAGUGAAGCAUAAUGCAGACAUACAUUCAAAGGAUAAUGAUGGGAGUUCCCCGCGUGACAUCUGUGAGUCAAACUGGCCGUGUUUGCAGCAUGUUGGGGAAGUAAAUUGAUUGUUUGCUUGUUGCUACUUUUGGCCAAUAUAACCCUUAGCCAAAUCCCUUCAAGGAUGUACUUGUCUAUAUGACUCAAUUUUUUUGCCCUUACUCUUGGUGUAUACACCCUUUUCAGUGUAGUGUACGCCUAUGCACCGUUUAGGUAAUGGUAAAUCAAGUAUAUUACUUUAUUAUUGUUUCCUCUGCUCAACUCUUAAUUUUGGCCCUCGUUUCUUUAUAUUUAAUGGAUAAAAAAAUACAGGG